AAUGGGACGUCAGAUUCCCGAAGGUCUCGAGGGACUUCGGCUCUGGUCGGGCGAACUGUCGGUAAUUCCUCGAGGGACACUGUUUUAUCAUUUAUUUUUAGCAUUGGCCAGUGGCCUUGGGAGAUCGAUUGGUUUUGAGAUUUUUUUUUGGCAAUUAUGGUGGGGAUGAAAACCAUAUCUGUGGAAUAUUUCGCACUCUGAUUACUUGAGCACUUAAUUUAUCCGCAAAAUGACUACAGAAAUAUACGUGAAAACAUAUGUUCUAUUAGAAAAUUACAGUUCUGUUAUCUAUUCCUAGUAUUGAUUGAUUUUUUCCCUUGAUAGAUAUUUAUUUAUUUAUUUAUAGUGUCUGUAUGGCAUUUGAGGUCAUAUGCGAUUACCUCGAAUAGUGCAGGGUCGCAAUUUUAUAUCACUAUAUAAUUAUAUUGCAUUCACAUUUAUUAUUUAUAGACAUUGUUGUUCAUUAGCACUACAAGUAAUUCUAAAAUUCUUUGUACCUUAUUGGAGAGUUUUAUUUCAUUUUUUUAAUUUAAUCAUUUCAAUUUUCCCAGCAAAAUUCUCCUUUUCAUAAUAUUAUCUGAUUUUAAAAAUCGUGGAAAUCCCAGUUAUCUAUCAGAAAAAUUCGUUUCAUAUUUUUUUUGCUGCCAUUGUGGCCAAAGAUAUGAAAACGCUGAAGGAAGCCACUCAUUGGAUCAUCCAAUAAAAAAAUAUAUAACGAUUUAUUGCAUUUGAAUAAUGGAUCAAAGUGAUUCAUUCCAACGAAGAUGAAUAAUGAAAUGCGACUUGUUUGUCUGCGGACACGUGCGUGAUGGAUGUAAAUCCCUGGACAGUAAUCGCUGACUUCUACUGGAGCAAAAUGAAAAAAUACUUUCGAUCGAUCCUGAAUUAUCAACUAUCUGACAAUGAAAAGAUUCAAAGACGAAAUCCCGGCGUUUGAGGGAUGCGUGUAAUUUACUAGGUGAAGUGUAUAAUGAAUUCGCUCAAGAGUCUUCGAUCCACGGAAUCAAGUACACAGGACGAAAUAAAUCGAUUGCAGAACGGUUUGUAGAUGAAUUUCGGUACUGAAAAUAGUUGAGAUACAAAAUGUGGAAAUUUUUAUCAAGGAAUGCUAACAGAGAAAAUAUAAGAGUAUGAAAUUAUACAGAGUUUUUGACUGCAAGUUUUCCUGUUGGACACUUUCUGUCAGAAAAUACUGAGAUUUCUAGAUUUUUUCGGUAAAAUGAAUGUUUAUUAAAAUUUUUAUUAGGGUAUUAUGGCUGUUCCUGAUUAUCUUGUCUGUAAUGGCAGCUGGAGUGCUGGCUCAAAAAUUCUAUUACAGACAUAAACAAGCGAAUAUGAGGACAUUAGUCGUAUCGAAUCAGUAUCCCACAUGGAAAAUUCCUCUUCCAGCAAUAACAAUAUGUCAUCCAACUGUUGCGAGUACCAGCAGGCUCAAUAAAUACAUAAGUGAGGGACACAAGCUAGAAAUGCCUCCAGGGUUGGAAUGGAAUUGGUUUCUCAAUGAUUUGCAAUAUCUCCAGGAGUUAUACAUUCCAACAAAUUAUUCUCAGGAUGCAAUGCUCCGUCUCGAUAGAAUAAUCGCCUACAACAACCUGACUAUAACCGAAUUCAUGAGAAUCGUGAGCCCAUCUUGUAACGAUUACAUUGUCCUGUGUGAAGCCCAGGGUGAGAUAACGCCCUGCAGUCACUAUCUUAAAAAUUUCAACACAGCUUACGGACCCUGCUGCUCAGCAAACUACGCCCGUGUGUUCACAGAGCAAAAAUCAUCCGAACAGGAAUACUACAGUCCAAAUUUCGGUCAAAGCUAUAUCUUCUCAGUUAUCCUGAAGACUUACGGUCCCAAUGACAGAAUAUCAGGACUGACCUACGGCGAUGGUGUGAGGGUACUCAUCCACGAUCGUCACACCUAUCCAGGUUCCUCGGCUCGUGAAUUUCUUGCAAGUCAAAAGAGUGAAGUAAUAGCAUUUAUACGUGGCCGUAAAUUGACAGCGAGCCCCGAAGUGCUGGCUCUGUCUCAGAGGGAACGUGAUUGUCGGGUCAGUGGAGUGAAGAAUGAUAUCUACAGACAGGAUAAUUGCUUGGCCAAUUGUCAUGAGAUGAUGUUCAGGUCGGAUUGCAACUGUGUACCCUUUUAUGCGUCGAUUGUAAAGGCGAAUGAUACAAUCUGCAAUUUUACACAUGUGCUGUGUAUGUCCAGAGUGAGAGGCAGAAUUUUACGAACACCUUUCAGGGGAUAUCCUUGCUAUUGUCUUCCGGACUGCUCUGGCACUAGCUAUCCAUUGACCACCACUCACGUGCAUAUGAAUGCCCUGCAGUAUAAUCCAUCGAAGUUCUAUAGAAUUGCAGCGAAAUAUUCAAAUGCUACAGUCAUUCACGUUACAUUUGCUCGACAAACAGCGACACUGAUGAGACGAGAUCUAGUUCUGUCUUGGAUCAAUUUAGUAUCCUCCCUCGGCGGAGUUUUCAGUCUUUUCCUCGGGUGCAGCUUCAUAUCAGUUGUCGAGGUCCUUUACUUUAUCACCUACUACAUCUCAAAAGUGAUUGAAAGACGAUCCACAUAUCUACCGCAAACAUGACCUUCUAAGC